AUGCAACAAUUUGUCUCAUCACCGUUGCUCAGAGAAAAGCGCUUUGCUCGCGAGAAUCAAGAGCUAAGGAAAAAGAUUGACGACUUGGAGGACACCAACAAUGAGACGGAGAUGAGAUACAAAUCUGUUGUUGCUGAGAUGGAUACGAUGGAGACAAAACUGAAACUAGCGAAAAGCCGAAACGACGACCUCCAGAAACAGCUACAAUAUAAGAGCACCGCUUUGGAGAACAAUGAGAGUGCGUUGAACGAUCUCAAAAAACGCCACGAAUACCAGGCGUCCGAUGUGUCGACCUGGAAAAUGGACUACCACAAAGCAUUGCGAACGAUCGAAGAAAAGGAGACGACGAUCAAGGGUUUAGAGCAAGAUAAAGAGCUCUAUAUGGCACAGCUGAAAACGUAUGGGGAGAAAUUCCGGGACGCCGACGCGGAAAUCGAGGAGUUGACGACGAAAAUGAGGGCAUUGGAAAAGUACAAGAGAUUAUUUGAAGAAAAGGAAGACGAACUGCAGAAUUUGAUUGCUGAGAAUACCAGCGAUCGACGAGCUCGACAAUUGGAUGCGGAAAAGAAAGAACAACAAUAUUUGGAAGAUUUCCGCCAACAGGAGAAGGCAAUGAGGGAUUUGAAGGAGAAAUUGGACUCCUCCGAGCAAUUGCACAUCGAACAAAUGCAAUUGAUGGAGAUGGAAAGGAAAAAGGAAAGAGAAGCAAGGGAUUCACUUCAAGAACAAAUCAAGAAACUCGAGGCCUUCAACAUGCAAUUGAAGCAAAUGAAAGACAAUAUAAAAGAGGGAGAGACACUUGAAACGGCAAGAUUGAUCGACGAGAAUACCGCUCUGCGACGUCAAGUCACCGAUUUACAAGAACGGGAACACAUUUUACAGACACAUCUCUUUGAUCAUCAACAUCUCAUCGGCGAGCUGCGCAAAGAGAUUCUCGCCCUCGAGGAGCAAUGCCAAAAAUUCGAGACGUGGAAUCGUCAAUUGAAAGCAUCGCUCGAGAAAUCACUAGCUAUCGAGGAGCAAAGCAAGGCACAAUUCGAGCAAAUACUCGCGCUAACGCGAUCUUUCGACAAAUUGGAGGAAGAGAAACAUCGCUUGGAGACAAAAUUGGUGGCAGAGGAGAAGAAAUACUGUGAUGUGCCAUCAGCUAUGGUUGAUGAGAAUACGGCUCCACUUGGGGAGCCAAUUCUCUCACCCACCUCAAAAGCGAUCGAAAACGAAGUCGAACCACGAUCGCGACGAGCGAUCUCGACACGUAAUCGCUCAUUAGCCGUUUUUCCUUCAAACGCCCCUCGCGAGCUCAACUACACACAGGACAAGUACUCACGAUUACGCGAUUUAGCCUCACGCAACACCAUCGCUCAACCACAUCUCAAAGAAUCCUAUUUCCUCGAGACGAACUCCCCGAACUCUGAGGCGAUUCUCCGCGGGAAUGCAAUGGUGAAACACGAGCCAAUCACUCCAAAACAUCAU